GGACACACCAACACACGCAUGAAUUCGGUCAAUAUGGCAAACAAUCUGUCAAACCCACAAUUACAACAACAACUGCGCAUUGACAGUUCGUCAAUAGGUCCAUACAUAAUCCGUGCCCCCGAAUUUUCUCGGCCCCUGCGAGGAAAGUGGCACUGAAAUCGCGAUCCAAACAAACGGCAAAAGCCCAGCCCGGUCCAGCCCCACGAAAUGCUCCCCCAACCGCCGCCGCCCCACACCUUCAAAGUAAUGUCGCGCCCCGACGAGUGCCGUCACUACCUUCGCGCAUUUAUCCACACAUACCGCGACCUGCCCGUGCUCUGGGACACCUCCAUGCGCGACUACACGAACCGGGAGAAGCGGGCGGAGGCGUACCUCCGGCUGGUGCCCAUCUAUCAUUACCUCAAGCGGGACGCGACGGUCGAGGAUGUGAAGAAGAAGAUCAACACGCUGCGGACCAACUACCGCAAGGAGCUGAAGGUGAUGGAGAGUGCCUUGCGUUCGGGCACUCAUCACAGUCCCCGCUGCUGGACCUUCCAGGAGCUGGACUUCCUGCGCAACUCGGAGAAGUUCCUGGCCGUCAAUCCGUUCUUCAAGAACGAGCCCUCCUUCCUAUUCAGUGAGAACAGCAGCUGCUCGACGGCCUUCCUCGACCAGCACGGCAAUCCCCAGCAGCAUUAUCCGACGCCGCGAGGAGCGGGCGGACAGACGCCAAACAUCAAUAUUUCCGAAAUGUUUCACAAAUCGUUCGGGCAUGCCCAGCGAGUGGACAGCCUCCCGCCACCGUCGCAGCCCCCGCCGGGCAUCGGGCAUUCCGACUACGGGCCAACGAAGCGGGCCAGACAGACGCCUCCGCUGAACAACGGCUCUGGAGGCGGAUCUGCCAACACGGACGAGCUCAACAUUGCCUGCGAGUACUUGGCCGGAACAUAUCCCGACGAGGAGUUGGAGUCCAUAGCCCGCACAUGGACGCAUAAGCUUCGCCGUCUCCCACGCGAGCAGCGGCUCCUGGCCGAGCGCUUUAUCAACGAGAUUCUGUUCGAGGCCGAGUCCAACAAUCUCCACCGCGGCUCCCUCCAGAUCAACAAUAGCUUCGAGCCGUAUGUCCGCUAUGACGAGGCCUCCGCGGGCCAGGAGGAGCAGGACAAGUCGCAGAGCCCCAGUGUCCACACGUCCACAGAGUCAAAGGCAAUUGUCGCAGCAGAAGCAGCGGCGGUAGAGGCUGCCGCUGAAGCGGCCGCCGGCAGCGGGCUCCCGCUUCUGGACGAGCCAGGAGCCACGGUGGAGAUUAGAGAGUUCUAGGGAAUACCGACUAGCCUUAAGUGUUAUUAAGUUUUUAUUUUAUUGAUUGGACGUAAAACGUGAAACGUAAAACAAGGAAUAAAUAAACCUGUAAAUAAGUAGCCAAA